UGCCCCCCAUACAGAGGAGCCGGUGCGUGCGUGUGUGUGUAGAGAACCGGUCACAAGGGCGGAGGGGCCUUAGGCACGAAGUCCUUGGAGGUUUGUAUUUAAAGGAUUGUCACCUGGAAGGGUUAGUCGCAGAGCAUCAUGCAGUCCCUGGUUGCACUUUUGUUGGCGACAGUUGUAGCAGCAUCUGCUAACCCCUAUGGGUGGCACGGAUACCCUUACUACGGAUAUGGUGGCCUAGCAAGCCCCGUGGUACUGCCAUCAGGGUACCUGGCUGACACCCCCGAGGUUGCCGCCGCCAAGGCCACCCACUCCGCUCGUCUGGCCACCGCCGCCGCCGCCGCUGCCGCCGCCCCCGACUACGAUGGUUACGGUGGUCCCGUCGUCACCCCCGCUGGUUACCUUGCUGAUACACCCGAGGUCGCAGCUGCCAAGGCUAGGCACUUCGCAGAGCUCGCCAAAGCUGGUGCUGGGGUCUACGCUCCUUACGCUGGCUAUCCUUAUGGUGCCUACCCUUACGGCCAUGGCUACGCCGCCGGCCACGAAGGCCAGUACGUCCCAGACCAGAACGGAUGGUAGAGUCAUAUCUCAAAUAUUCAGAUGAACUGAAUUCAAACUUUUUUUGUAAAUAAAGUUAUUUAAUGUUA